GCACAUUUCUACCGACUUUUUGCCGAACGUGGAAACGGUGUUCAACGGCAAGUGGUGGAUGCGUACACAGAUUUACAAACAUCUGAUGUUUGUUGUUGUGCACAGUGAAUUUGUUGCGAGUAUUCAAAAGUGUUUUCAGGUUGUUUUAGCGGCAAUUAUAGCAUUGUUAUCAUUGAUAGACAAUUUUCAAAGACAACGGGACGUCGGAAGUGCAUUCUUUGUGGAGUUAGCAGUGAAAAAACUGAGGCAACCUUCCACAGGUUUCCUAGUGAUAAGAAAAAACAAGAAGAAUGGUGCAUUAUCCUCAAUAUUGACAUAAAUGAUUUACCACUUCAUGCCUUUAUUUGCGCAAAUCAUUUUCACAAAAGUGAUUUAAUAGAAGGCAAAAGAACUCAACUAAAGCAUUCAGCAGUUCCAUCAGUAGAGCCUUUGAGGCAAACAGAGUAAGUCCUUAAUUAUAUUUAGCUAUUGGAUGAAAUGGAAUAUUUUGUUGCUAUACUUUUACUUAUCUAUUUUAAAGUGAUUCCAGUGAUGAGGAGAAUGAAAUCAAUCUUGCCCAGGAAAUUGCCCUAUAAUCCAACUUAAGCUCCACAAUAAAUGUAG